AUGGAUAUGGCUGCCUGGAAUCAUAUUACGCCCGAGGACCAUUCGGGAGUUCCGAAUGAGCCGCCGGAUCUGAUAAGAAGAUCAAUGUGCUAUCCUUGUGUCUAUGAAUAUGGAUACGCCCUUCCUAUUAACUCGAGGAAAAGCUGCGACAUCUAUCGCAUCGCUAUGAGGAUUUCCAACCCCAUUAUUCACGGCUUUGCGCCCGACCCUUCCAUAGUCUUUGUAAAUGGAACAUUCUUCCUGGUCAAUUCAUCUUUCCAUGUCUUUCCAGCAUUGCCCAUCUACGCCUCCAAGGAUCUCCAGAACUGGCAACUCAUCAACCACGCCAUCUCAAACCCGUCUUAUCUAGACCUGUCAAAGUCAUUCGUCAAGCAUAUUCCGCUUCCAAACGAUAACUCACUCGUGGUUACUGGCGGCUUGUUCGCGCCAACGAUUCGCUUCCAUGCCGGGACAUUUUACAUUGUGUGCACCAAUGCUUACGAGAACGAGGCUGGCGAACACGACUUUCAAAACUUUUUGAUCAGCUGCCCUGAAGACAAGAUCUUUUCUGGCGACGGCUGGUCAGAUCUCGUACCCUUUGACUUUCCCGGCAUCGAUCCGGGUCUCUUUUUUGACCCCGAGACCGGCAAAGCUUACCUUCACGGAUCUUAUAGGACUGGCCCGCCCUGGGCGCCUGAUUGCUCGAUUCGCCAAUUCGAAAUCGAUGUUGCUACGGGCAAAGCCUUGUCCGACACUCGUUUCCUCUGGAAGGGUGCUGCCGGGAAAGAUGAUGCAGAGGGUCCGCAUAUUUACAAGAAGGAUGGCUGGUAUUAUCUGCUCACUGCCGAAGCGUCAACGUUUGAAGGCCACCAGAUCAACAUUGCACGUUCUCGAGAUAUCUGGGGGCCCUAUGAGAGCUGUCCUUCCAAUCCAUUGUUGACAGCAUUUGAAAAAGAUGAAGCGGUUCGGUGGACUGGCCAUGGAGACUUGUUCCAAGAUGCUCAAGGCAAUUGGUUCUGCGUGCACCUGGGGAUUCAGUACGACAACAGUCUCCCAGGCCGUCAUCCGCUAGGACGCGAAACUUUUCUCACGACCGUAGAGUGGCUCAGUGGUGAAUGGCCUACGAUUGCCCAGACGCAAAUGAGCUUGGAUAUUGCUGGCGCAAAGACCGAGGACCAGAGCGAUACAUUACAAGCCUCUAGCCCCGACUUUCAAAAAGAGGAGGUAUACAUUUGCACACCAAACCCUGAAGACUAUAGACAAUCUUCCUCUGAUACGAUGCAAACGCACUUCCUGCGGGCGCAAGAGACGACCCUUUCCACCCCCUUGGGCACGACAACAUUUGUCGGUCGGAGGCAGCGAUUCCUGACAAGCGAAGCAACUUGCACUCUGCUGGUCCCACCUCCGGAAGAGACAAACGUGCGGCGUGCGGGAUUAGCCGUCUAUAAAGAUUGUCUUCGCUACCGUUCCAUCUACUUGGAUCCCACGACGCGGACCAUUACACUGGAAAGCGCUUCUCUUCUAAAUCCAAAGCCAGGAAGUUUGGACUUGACGACCAAGCUGCCAUUGAACAGCACAUCAAUCAAGUUCAAAAUCAAGAGUGAGCCUGGAAAGUAUUCAUUCUUUUGGUGCGAUGCGACGGACAGCACCAAGGAGGAGUGGCAGAUAGCCGCUGAGGUGGACUCAAUGCUCUUGUCGGCUCGAGACAUGACGGGAACUAUAUUUGGUAUCUUUGCAUCCGGAAGUCGAGAGAAUGGCGAAUCGGACAAGGAUUGGGUGCAGUUUGAUGAAUUUACGGUGAAAUGA